CCCAGAGUAGCAUUUCACAUCUAUAGUGCGGUUUUGCAUGUUCAGUGUGAGUGUGGAAGUGUUGUCUUCAAUAUGGCACUCACAAAUGAAAAAGUGCAAACGUAUGGCACUGAAACUACUGAAAAUGAAAGCGAAACCCACCCAGGAUGGAUGUUUUGGAAGAAACGAAGAUACGUGGUAGCAACCCUAGCCUUCUUCGGCUUCUUCAACGUCUACGCUCUUCGAGUGAACCUAAGCAUCGCUAUAGUGGCAAUGACCGAAAAUAGAACAAUCACUUUACACAAUGGUACUACAAUUUAUGGGCCAGAAUUUGACUGGGACUCAAAAAUCCAAGGCUAUAUCCUCAGCUCCUUCUUCUAUGGAUACAUCACGACCCAGUUAUUUGGGGGUUGGUUAUCAGCCCGAAUUGGAGGGAAGCGAGUUUUUGGGGGAGGAAUUGCAAUCACAGCUGCUUUAACCCUCAUAACCCCUUGGUUGGCCAAAAUCAACGUUUAUUUGCUCUUGGCGGUGCGAAUAAUUGAGGGGAUUUUCGAAGGAGUGACUUAUCCUUGUAUCCAUGCAGUUUGGGCUCGAUGGGCGCCUCCUUUGGAGAGGACUCGUUUGGCAACUUUAGCCUUUUCGGGGAGUUAUGUGGGGACUGUGGUCUCAAUGCCGGUGUGUGCCUAUUUAGCCAAAUCUUUGGGUUGGCCGAGCAUCUUUUAUUUUUUUGGUACUCUUGGACUGAUUUGGUUCGGGAUUUGGUGGGUGGUCGUGGCCGAAACCCCAGCUGAAGACCCCAAAAUUUCUAAAGCUGAGUUAAAAUAUAUCAAAGAUUCUUUGGGUCAUACUGAUGGUAGUAGAAGAAUCACACAUCCUUGGAAAGAAAUCUUGUUGUCGAUGCCUGUUUGGGCUAUUGUUGUGUCCCAUUUCAGCGAAAAUUGGGGUUUUUACACUCUUUUAACCCAACUUCCGAAAUUUAUGAAAGAAAUUCUUAAUUUUGACUUGGGCAAAACUGGGUUUAUGUCAGCUUUGCCCUACUUGGCAAUGUCUAUUAUGAUUCAAAUUUCGGGGCAUUUAGCCGAUUGGUUGCAAGAAAAAGGAAUUUUGAAUACGACUCAAGUGAGAAAACUCUUCAAUUGUGGGGCUUUCAUUGCCCAGACUGUCUUCAUGUUAGGGGCGGCGUUUUGGCUAACACCUGCAGGAACCAUCAGUUGUUUGACUUUGGCUGUGGGGUUGGGGGGGUUUGCCUGGUCCGGUUUUAGUGUGAAUUAUUUAGACGUAGCUCCACAACAUGCGAGUGUUUUAAUGGGUUUGGGAAACACAGUGGGGACUUUACCUGGCAUUUUGAGUCCUAUUAUAUCAGGAUAUGUCGUGACGACUCCUACUGCCCAAGAAUGGCAAAUUAUUUUUUAUAUAGCCAGUGGUAUUUAUUUGUUUGGGUGUGUGUUUUAUGGUGUUUUUGCGUCCGGGGAAGUCCAGACGUGGGCGAUUGAGAAAGAAGAAGUCAAAGACACGCCGAUGAAGGAACGGGUGACGAAGGGUCAUGAUAAUAAAUCUUUUGAACCAGAUUUUUAAUUAGUGCAAUUUUUUAGUAAAUAAUGUGAUAUUUUAGAGUAGGUUUUUGUAGAAAAUACUCUUUUAAAUAGCUAAUGUAACAUAAACGUAGAAUUAAGAAACCUGCACUUGCCUAUAGUAAAAUUAAUAAAUUAAUUAAAAUAA